GCCAUGUCUGUAGACCUGCAUUCUGCUUAACUACCGGUAAUGUGUAUCGUACUGUGUAAGCCAGUUCUGUGGUGGAGUUGCUAGUCGGACACGGAAGGUCGCACCAACGAGGGCCCCACUGACGUCAAGCCGCGCCAGGCACCUGAGUUCCCAAUGCACGUGGGCCGAGGACUUGAACGGAUUGUCCAUCUCAAAGAUCGGAUGGGUCAGAAUAUAUAGCCGGUCACUUCCUUCGAAGCAGGAUCCAAAUUGCCCUCCGUCAUCCGCAUCAGCAAGCUGUGCCUUUCCACCAUAGUCAGUCAUCGGCCAAUAUGACAACCGUACGAGAGGUGCUCGAACCCCUCAAGAACCCGUCGGCCACCGACGAGGCCACGGCAGCGGCAGUGCAGGGUUUCAAUGACCUAGCCAAGGCCUCUGCGUCGACGAUUGAUGACUUUAUCUGGGAAGCCUACAACCAAAUUUUCGACGUCGCCGGGGAGAUCACGCCCGAGCAGCAGGGUAGAUUGGUCGACUUCAUAAUCCAGCUACGAGAGACAACCCCGACCGACGCCAACGGGAAGGUGCUGGUGUGCGGGAACACUGGCGGGAAGUUGUGGAAGGAUCUGCCGACUUUUGGCUGGGUUGCGAGGGAACUGCUAAACGACAUAGACCCUUUGCAGAGACACGGCUCUCCUGCCGCAGGUCAACAGACAAAGUGGGAGAACUGGACCGCCUUCCUGGCCCACUUGACGGCGAAGAAGCAAGAUUUCACGCUCUAUGCGCUCUGGAUGUUGAGGGACGCGUUUGAAGAGAACGCCGAGCAGGUCGACUCUCCAGGCGCGGCCAGGAUAGCCGCCAUCUGGAUCCGCUAUUGCGGGAAGCAGCUCCGGGAUCUAUCCGCUGAGGGCUUCACAUUCGAGCGACGUCUGGGCGUGCCCGGGGCCAUGUAUGAUGAUCGGGACUGGCGGGGUUUCAGCGACGAGAGAUGGUCCGAGUGGAUGAAGGGACUCAGGGACGCUCAGAAUAAGUAUCCGUCGGAUGAGACUAUUCGGGCUGCGGCUGAGUUGAUGGAGAGGCUUUAGACAUAGCCAAAGGAGGUUGGCGCCUGGCAGUAGUGCUGAACACAGCACGGAAUAACUAAGGUCCCUUACGUACCUACCUACAUAGCAUCUUCGGCCCGAAGUGGGAAUGCUAGUACUCCGAAGUGCUUCGGGUACGUGUACCUAGCAGAGUUGUUUCCUACAUCCUACAUACACUACACGUAGUGUAUUGUAGUGUACCUUCGCCAAGUUCAGGGGUCAGAAAUGCAGAAAUUAGAGAAUCUCGCCAAUUUGAUGGAAAUGUCUGGAGGCACGCAGAAAUGCGGCUGCCUUGUGCGUAGUCGCGGUUCAGCGUAGACGAAACGGG